CAAGAGUUUUGCAAGGGACAUAACUCUAAAUAGAACUCUUGAGAGGUGGACUUUGGAAGGCUGUAUGUCACAAAUGUUCAGCAAUGAAAAGCGAUCAUACUGGUAAAUGAUAGUAGAGAUAGAUUAGGAUUCAUGAAUGAGUGUACUACAUGAGUAAAGUGAUAUAUUGGCUAACCAAAUCAUGUGAGGAUGGUAUUCUGUUCAUCCACAAUAGUAGGCCUACCUCAAAACAAUUUACAAAAUGACCCUUCCUAGGUUAAUAACUGGUGCAUGCUGUAGUACACAUACACACACAAGUAGAAUAUCUAGAAGAAUAAUUCCUACAGUUGUGAUAUAUUGGAAACAGAAAUAUUCCACAAGAUCAUCACCAACUGCAGAUGUUAAAUCUGGAGUGAAUUUAGAAAAUAUUUUUUCUGAUAAAAAUAAAGAACGUGUGAAGAAGUCUUUGUUAUCAAUACAACCUGUUCGAACUAUAGAGGAUAUUGUAAAGCCAAAACACAAACCAUUGAAGAUAAACCAUGAUGCUGCGGUUAUUAUACCCCUGUGUGUAGUCAAUGAUGAGCCCUCUGUAUUAUUUACACUACGUUCAUCUUCACUAAGAAAACAUAGAGGAGAAGUCAGUUUUCCAGGUGGCCGUAAAGAUGACAGUGAUCCAGAUUUAAUUUAUACUGCUGUAAGAGAAACAUGGGAAGAAUUAGGUAUACCUAAAGAAAAGAUAGAUGUCUGGGGACCAUUGUCACCUGCACCUAAUAAGUAUGGAACAUCAUUUACAACACCAGUAUUGGCAUAUUGUGGUCAUAUAGAUAUCAGUAAGCUAGUUCCAAAUGAAGAUGAGGUAGAAGUUGUAUUCACAAGAACAAUAGAAUCUAUUAUAAAGAAAGAAAAUAUUGCUUCUACACAAUGGAAAUAUGGACGGGGUUAUACUAUGCCUGUAUUUAUUGGCGGAGAAUAUAGAAUAUGGGGCUUGACAGCCAUAUUUUUGCAUCAAGCUUUAAUUGUUUUAGCGCCUGGCUUAUAUACAAAUAAAGUCAGGCAUAAUCCCUGACAAAAAUAGAAUAUAGGCCAUUUUAGAAAAGUAAAUUACCUGUAAGAUUUCCCAGAAAAUAUAACUAUUGGACAUGUAUAUAGUAAUUGAUGAAUUUACUAAUUUACUAAUUAUGUGAAACAAGUUUGUUAAUUGUUUGUGUGGAAUAAUAUUAUAUAUUGACUUUAUUUAUGGGUGAUAGGAAAGAGUAUAAAAGAAAUAUAUUUGUAAAAAAAUUUAAUAUUGAAUAAAUGAAGUUAUUUAUUUUUA